UGAGGGCAGCGAUAAAUGGCAGCUGCUGAGACUAUGGCAAGUUCGUAUACCCAGCCGAGAUUAAAAGGGGAUAGAAAACUUAUACAGAUCGUGAUUUUGCUGUAGUUGGUAACAGUGGUAGUGAUUGUCAAUGAUCCACGCUCGUGUGUUGUGAAUAUUUUCUAUUUUGAAAUGGAGAACUUGUCUGGAAUCAUGAGAGCAGUUCUGCAAGGGUUUAUGGACAGUUUUAAAGGGGGUAUCAUUAUAUUUUACUUGGACAAACAAAUUAAGGAAAGAUCAAAAAGAUCCUCCCCAAAUAAAGACCCCAAAACAAGGAGGCGAAGAGAACCUAGUCGAGAUCCUGCAUUAAUGAAGCAAGAGUAUAGCUCUGAGGAGUUUUCAGAAUCUUCUCUUACUUAUGUUAUUCUCUCCUCUUUUUUACAGAGUAUGUUAAGAAAAUUCAUGAGAGGAAAUGGUGUUUUCCAUAAAUUAACAGAGGUUGCAAUUUAA